UUAUGCUCACCUGAAUAGUGAAAAAGUUAACGGUCAAUUAAAGGUCAGUUAAGGUGUUGUUUGUUAUUGUUGUGUGUUGAUUACAGUUACUUGUUCACCUUGAAAAAGGUAAACAAGGAAAGUAAAAGACCUUGAACAACCUUUUCCAUCAUCAUCAUCUCCAUGUAAUUUUAACGUUCCAAUGAAAGUAUUACCUUGAGGCAACGAACAAGAAAAUUCAGUUUGACUGAUUGAACAACAGGUAAAAUUAAUAUUCUUCUGUUUUUAUUGAAUUAGCUUUGCGUGUUUAUCAUUAUCGUUUCUCCCUCAAUCCAAUUGUCUUUUUGUGUGUUAACAAUUUCAUUUUCAUUCUGAUUGUUGGGAUGAACACUCAAACCACCACCAUCACCAUCAAUCUACCUUUUCGAUUGAUUAACUUUGUCUUCCCUAAUCAUCCAAUCUAACAACAGACACAAUUGAACCAAAAAGUGACACAAAGUGACCCAUAAAACAGAUCAACAAUUAACAAGUUAAUUAUUUUAUCAUCAUAACAAUCAACUGAUAUCCAUAUUCAUUAAGCUACAAUGAAACUUUAAUCUUUAUUUAAUCAACAUCAUGAACCUUAUCAACUUUUGCUACACUUGAUUCAUCCGCAGCAAUUAAGCUGAUUGUUGGUCUCUCUUUAUGAUUCAAUUAUUUAUUUAUCAAUAAUUGAUUUAAUAACCAUAAUUAUCAUCAACUUUAUCAAAAGUUAUUUCUCAUUUUAACCAAGUUAUCAAAAAGUUCAUUCAAAUUUUUCGUCUUAUUUUCAUCGGGUUUUAGUUUCGUUUCAAAACAUUUGAUAUUCCUCCGGUUAAAAUGCCCUCAGUGUGGAGUAAAUUGUUUGAUAAACUAUUGAUGAAGGACUGGUCAUUCCCGUACAAUUGCUAUGAGAUCGGCCACGCCUGGGAACCUUCGUGUUCAGCUUACGCUCUUGACCUUUCCCUAGAUGUAACGGAAAAAGCGCUCGGCAUGUAUUCCGCUCUCUAUUUGACCAACUUUGCUGUCCAGCGAAAGUACAACUUGACCGCACUUAAAGCGGCAUUAACCAGUACCAUGCGAUCUUCAGCCUUCCUUGGAUUCAAUUGUCUUUCCAUGUUUACCUUAGUUUGUGUUUUACGUUCACUUGCUGGUGGAUUUUACUUUUCCCUUUUUGCCAGUGUUCCGGCCACUCUUGGCUCUCUUAUGGCCAUUCUUAUUGAACAUCCGUCACGGCGAAAAGCUCUGGCCUUCUAUUGUGCCAAUGUUGCCUCCGAGUGCAUCUAUCGAGUUACCCUUCGUCACUCAAAGGUCAAACCAAUACCAAAAGGUGAAGUGCUAAUAUUUACCUUUUCAAUAUCAAUGUUAAUGUACAUCACCUCAAAGUAUGGCCUCCGUCGUGAUCCAAUCGGCAUGGCAUUGAAAUUGAUCUUGGGUCGAACUGAAUUCUCAAGGAAAAGAUCUGAUCAAACGGAAAUAGAGCUCAAAGUCAACGAUAAUUCUGAUUCAAUGGUCAAUAAUAAUAAUAACGACCUGGUAGACGACAAAAUUAAAUCUUAUGACUCUGAUUGUGAUAAAGAUACUCAAGGUUCUUGUUCAGAUGACCAACAACAACUGAUUGAAUACGACGAUGGUCAAUCAUCUUGUUCAUCUUUUUCAUCAACUCCUCCACCAUCAUAUUCACCUUUGUCAUUGAUAAACAAAAUCGGUACCUGGUUUGUAAAUGGUAAACAUGAUGCCUGUGGCCAUUCAAGUUCUUGUUCCUUGUAUACUCUUGGUGGAUUUAGUCGAAGCUUCUUGACCCUUUGGUUUGGUCAAGCUGCUCUUGUAGCUGGUCUUAAGUUUCCCCAAAUCCGUCGUGAUCCAGGUCUCAUUUUACGAGUUUUAACCAAUCGAAAAAAGUUGGAACUUUGUCUAUUUGCAUCUCUAUUCACGGGAAUAUAUCGAUCAACACGAUGUAGCCUUCGAUGGUUAACUAAUUCAAGUGAACCCUGGCAUUCAGCCUUAGCUGGAGCUCUUUCAGGACCAACAAUGAUCUACUAUCCAAGCUCAUUAAUCGCCACCAAUAUUGCCUGGAAGUGUAUUGAAUGGUCACUACAACAAGCCUGUUCCACCCCGUACUUACCCUCAUUUGACACGUUGAUACCCUUUAUUUACGCUGUUUCGGUUAACAUGAUCUUUGUCACUUUGGUACUUGAACCAAGUUGCAUUCGUCCUUCAUAUGUUCAAUUUCUCGAUAGUUGUUCUAAUCACAAGCUUCACCAAGUAAAUCGAGGUUUACUCAAACUUUUUGGUACCGAUGCUCACAUUGGUUACGAGGACUUUUUCCCCGACCUCGUUCCCGAAUAUUGUACCAAAAAGUUUCUCGAAAGUGUUUUCGUUUGGCUACUUUAACUUAAAACUGACCAUCAACUUACUCACCCUCAUAAUCAUCGAUCUCAUCUUAUCAUCAUGGAUGAAACUAGUCAUCCUCAUUAACCUUCAAUUAUCACCUUCGUUUAAUUAAAAAUUAUUGUGAUCAUUUG